ACUCAAUAUUCUUCCUGGGUUUGUGUUCACUUGCUAGCUAACGUUACAUGUCAACAGAAGGCAUCAGGAGACAGGAAGCUGUUUGUCACUAGCUAACUAGUUGGCUUUGCUAACGUUACUGUUUGCUGACUCGUGUACAUUCUGAAUUCGACAUAUAGUGGGAAAUGUUACUUAUGUAGCUAAGCACUUUUUUAUUUUUCAGUCGGUCUGCAACACUCAGCCAGUUAGCUUACCCGAGUUGCUUAGCUAGCAUUAGCUGGCUUGAUUGCAGCGUCAUCAAUCAUGAUGAGUCCGACCCAAUGGGAUCUGCCCCCGGAGCUGUGCUGCCGACCCAUGGCCUUUGUGGCCCUGACUGGGCUGGAUGUAACUUAUAACGCCAUCCAUAGGGCAAUCUGGGAUGCCUUCUGUGCCAACAGGAGGGCCGACAGGGUCCCCAUCUCAUUCAAGGUCCUUCCAGGAGACCAUGAAUACCCAAAGUGUAGGACCAAAAGAACCUCCUAUGAGUGGUACAUCCCCAAAGGGAUCUUGAAGACAGGCUGGAUGAACAAGCACCUGAACCUGGUGCCUGCCUUGCUAGUGCUGUUCUAUGAGCUGGACUGGGAUGAUGCAGUUUGGAAGGAGAAGCAGUCCGAGUGUGCCACUAAAGUAGAGAUAGUCAGAACAAGCCUUCAAGGAAGGAACACCAAGGUUGCAGUUGUUUUAAUUCAGAAGAAAACCCCUCUUCCUCCAGGUGAGGACCUGGUGGCUUCAGAGAGGGCUGCUUCCCUGUGCAAUGCCUGUGACCUGUCUGGGAAGUCUCUAUUCGUCCUCCCUCACACUGAUCACCUGGUUGGCUACAUCAUCAGGCUGGAAAAUGCGUUCUAUGAGCAUGCACAGACCUACUAUUACACAGAGAUUAGGAGGGUCAAAUCCCACAAAGAGUUCCUCAACAAAACAACGCAUCAGUUGCUGUUUGUGAGACACCAGUUUAAGAUUGCAUUCUUCAGUGAGCUCAAGCAAGACACACAGAAUUCCCUAAAGUACUACAGGACUGCCUACAGCCUUGUACAUGAGCUGAGAACCCACGAGACCAACAUGCUGGAGAUAAAGACCAUGGCUGGAUUCAUAAACUACAAGAUCUGUCGACUAUGCUUCCAACACAACACACCUUUGGAUGCCAUUGCUCAGUUCAGGAAGCAUAUUGAUCUGUGCAAGAAGAAGAUUGGUAGCGCAGAGCUGGCGUUUGAGCACACAGCAUGGAUGUCCAAACAGUUCCAGUCUUUUGGGGACCUGUUUGAUGAGGCGAUCAAGCUGGGUCUGACGGCCAUCCAGACUCAGAACCCUGGCUUCUACUACCAGCAGGCUGCCUACUAUGCCCAGGAACGCAAGCAGCAAGCAACUCACCUGUGUGCCCAUGAGGCCAGUGUGAGCUACCCCACCCCAGACCACCUGGAGACGCCCAGCGGAGCUCUGGACUUCUAUGGGCAGAGAGCCUGGAGACAGGGCCACCAGAGUAUCGAUCCCCCACACAUGGAGAAGGAGAAAGGAGGGAUCCUGGCACUGCAAAUGAAGGAGAAGGAUGUUCCCCACUCCGAGCUAAUCAUUGCUCUGCUCAGCAACGCUGUGGCUCAGUUCAAGAAAUACAAGUGUCCUCGGAUGAAGAGCCAUCUGAUGGUGCAGAUGGGAGAGGAGUACAACCAUGCCAAGGACUACACCAAAGCACUGAAACUGCUGGACUAUGUGAUGUGUGACUACCGUACAGAGCGCUGGUGGAGCCUGCUCACCUCCAUCCUCAGCACAGCGCUACGGUGCUCCUACCUGAUGGCCCACGUCAAGGACUACAUCACCUACUCCAUGGAGCUGGUCGGACGAGCUUCUACUCUACGGGAGGAGCAGAAAUCCAGGAUUGAGAAGAAUCUCAUCAAGGUCCUGAUGAACGAGGUCCCCGAGGCAGAGCCAGAUUGCGACCAGGCCUCAGCCAAGGCUGCCCAGGCCCUGUGGAGCGACCGCAUGUCUCUGGCUGGCAGCAACGAGUUCACCAUCGAGGUGCAGGACUACGUGCCCUUUGUCCAGUGCAAGGCCAAGUUCCUGUCCCCUAGUUUCCACGUGGAUGACCCGGUCCAGCUGCAUGUCUACCUGAGGGCUGACUGCCCUCACCCUGUCCGCUUCUCUAAACUGUGUGUCAGCCUCAGCAACCAGGAGUAUAACCAGUUGUGUGUGGUAGAGGAGCCGUGUAAGUCUCAGGAAAUCCUAGAGGCCUCCAGUCAAGAGAACAUGUGCCUGGUCCCUGGCAAGACACGCAUAUACAGCUUCAAGUUUGUGGCUAAAACUGAGGAUGUGGGGAAGAAGAUAGAGAUCACAGCGGUGGACCUGAUGCUGGGCAGUGAUAACGGCCGCUGCGUCUUCCUCAACUGGCGAGGCGGGGGAGGAGACGCUGCCUCGUCCCACGAAGCUCUGCUGGCGGCCAGGUCCUUUAAGAGCAGGGGGCGUGUCCCAGAGCAGCAUGUGGAAUGGGACACCGUGUCUAUCCAGGCCAGCACCAUGAUAAUCUCCCGCAUUCCCAAGAUCUCCGUUCAGCUGAGUCACGAGCCCCCUGCUCUGAACAACGAGCUGUACCGCAUCACUGUCUCCAUCCAGUCCAACGAGGAGACAGUGACCAAAGACGUCAAACUCACUGCCGGACUCAAACCAGGUCAGGAUGCAAACCUCACACAGUCCACCCAUGUGACCCUGAACGGUUUGGAGAUGUGUGACGAAUCCCAUCCUGCACUGCUUCCAGACAUUGCCAUUGGAGACCUCCAGCCGGGAGAAAAGGUUGAGAAGUGUCUGUAUGUUCGCUGUGUCACCACUGGAGCCAGAAUCUUCCUGUUCCAUGUUGCCUAUGCCUUGAGCACCAAGGUGGAGGGCAAAGACAUCACCUGCAGGUGUCACAAAGAUGAAACCGUUACCAUAGAAACCGUUGUUCCAUUUGAAGUUGCUGUGAAGUUUGUGUCCACAAAGUUUGAGCACCUGGAUAGAGUGUAUGUGGACAUCCCCUUUCUGCUGAUGACGGACAUCCUGAGUGCGUCCCCCUGGCCUCUCCACCUGGUGACCAGCCAGCUGCAGCUGGCCCCCACCAUGGCUGCCAUGGACCAGCCCCAGUCCCAGGUGGAGCAGGUGGUGCUGCAGACAGGGGAAUGUGCCAGCGAGUGUUUCAGCCUUCAGUGUCCCCCUGUGCUCAACGGGACGAGCAGCGUGGCGUCUGGACAGUACCUCAUCUCCUGGAAGAGGAAAUCUUGGUGUGCAGAUGCACCUGUUGUGACGACUGUUGUCACCCUUCCCCAUGUUAUGGUGGAGACCAUUCCUCUAUAUGUUCAUGCAGAGCUGCCGUCGUUUGGAAGGGUGCGGGAGUCUAUGCCAGUGAGGUACCACAUCCAGAACCGGACGGGGCUGGUCCAGGACGUGGAGAUGUCUGUGGAACCCAGUGAUGCCUUCAUGUUCUCUGGCCUCAAGCAGGUGCGUCUGAGGAUCCUGCCUGGAGCGGAGCAGGAGAUGUUGUAUAACUUCUACCCUCUGAUGGCAGGGUACCAGAACCUUCCCCAGCUCAACAUCGGCCUGCUGCGCUUCCCUGCCGUGUCCGGACAGCUGCUUCGACGCUUCCUCCCCUCACGCAUCUUUGUCAAGCCCCAGGGUCGACAAGCAGACGAUGCCUCCAUUGCAGCGGCUUGAGAUCCAUAACAAGACCCCACCCCUGAGUGAAUACUAGUUUACCUGAAACACAUCUCUCACCUAUUGGGCUCAACUGGAAAAUGUUGUACCACAGUACCACAGAUGCAUUCACCUUUUGACCUCCUGUAAAUCACGCUUUUAAAAGGAUGCUUUGUGCGUUAACUACAAUAGUUUACUUUAUAAUCUUGAUUGAUCCAUAACUGAUUAAUAUUGUUGCUUGUCGAUCUAAAACCAUAGGCUUUUGUUAUCAUGUCCUGUAGCUGUUACACAGGGUGCGUUUGUAAAUUCACUCUGGCUAUCUAGUCCGAUUUCAGAGCACUCUCGUCUGAGUGUGCCAGAGCGCAGAAUAACUGAUGGAUUUCUGAACGCGCAACACACUGAAUAUGACCGGUGUCAGUAAACGUAGACAAAAAGCGUAAUUAAAUUGUUGCCAGCAGUACCGUUAAAGUCACCAACACUCUGGAUAACACGAAAGCCUAACCAGCUUUUUUAGGGUGAGUAAAAUAGUCAGAGUUAGGUGUUCUCUCAUUUGUGUCUGGAUGUAGCUAGCCAACUUCAGCCCAUUAGCUUGUAUGCUUGCCAUUGUGAGGUCAGAACGCUCGGCUCAUCCCUACUCCUCAGCCAGAGCAGAGCGUCCAGUGUGCACUCUGAACGUGCCGAGAGAGAAACGCUCUGAAUUUACGAACAGAGCGCACUCUGGCACUCCAGAGUGAAUUUACUAACACACCCACAGUAACUGCCCUCACAUUUUACUUGAUCGAUGAUGCAGUUCCUCAUUAAUCUUCAAACUAAAGCAUUUGGGUGAGUUGUGAGUGUGUAUGUCACUAACUCAAAUGUAAUGAAUACAAUAUAACUAAGACGGCAUAGUAUUAAAGGUUUUUGUGAAGAUUGUACAGCCUCUCAAAUCCCUUGUUUUAACUUGAACCAACUGUAAUGAUGUGAUGUCAUCAGGCCUGCCCUUGAUUUCAAAGUUCAGUGAUGUUUCAGCAUUUAGACAGGUUAAAUCCAACUCUGCUGUGGGUGAUCCUUUCUACUUUUCCUGGGAACAGUCAGGUAGCAGAUGAUGGCUAGUGGUUCAAGUAGUAUUUAACAGAGUUGGAGUCAAUUCAGGAAAUAUACUGAAAUUCCAAUUCUCUUAAAUGCUUUUAAUGAGGAAUUGGAAUUAGGUUUAGUUUCUAAAUUGACUGGAAUUGAAAUGGAAUUCACCCCAAACCUGGUAUCUGAUUUAUGGGGAAUGAGACUCAUCAUGGGAUAAAUAAAAGAUUUUCUUCAAUCUC